GUGUCAGAUCCGAGGGAGUGAUUAACAAACAGGAACUUGUUGUGCACUAUGCUUAUACAGUGACAUACAUACGAGUAAGUAAACGAAACUGCAAUGUCAGGCAGCACCUUGUGAUUCUACUUUGUUUUAAAUUUUCACAGGACUCCGUAUGGAGCCAACAACUCUACAGAAAGCUAUUGCAGUGGCACAGAAGGCCUCACAGGAGGAUGAGGCUGGGAACUAUGAUGAGGCCAUACGCUCUUACCAACAUGCUGUCAAGUACUUUCUUCAUAUUGUAAAGCGUGAACCCCAGGGUAAAGAUGGCAACCAGAAGAUCAGAGAUAAAUGCAAACUAUACCUGGACCGAGUGGAGGAACUGCAAGAGUACUUAGAGAAGAAAGAGAAAGCAAUUGAUCUUGCGAGCAAGGCGGCUCAGGAGGAUAAAGCUCAGAACUAUGAGGAGGCGCUGCGUUUGUACCAAGCUGCUGUUCAGUACUUUCUCCAUGUGGUGAAAUAUGAAGCUCAGGGGGACAAAGCGAGACAAAGCAUCCGGGCGAAAUGUGUGGAAUACUUGGACAGAGCAGAGAAGUUGAAGGAGUAUCUAAAGAAGAAAGAGAAAGCUCCUCCUGCUAAGCCGGUCAAAGAGUCCCAGUCUGAUGACAAAGGGAAUGAAAGCGAUGAAGGUGAUGAUCCAGAGAAAAAGAAGUUCCAGAACCAACUCUCAGGUGCAAUCGUCAUGGAGAAACCAAACAUCAAAUGGAGUGACGUCGCUGGUUUAGAGGGAGCUAAGGAGGCCCUUAAGGAAGCCGUUAUUCUCCCGAUCAAAUUCCCCCACCUUUUCACAGGAAAGAGAACUCCUUGGAGAGGGAUCUUGCUCUUCGGACCUCCCGGAACAGGAAAGUCCUAUCUGGCUAAAGCCGUUGCCACAGAGGCAAACAACUCCACCUUCUUCUCCAUCUCCUCAUCUGACCUUGUCUCCAAAUGGCUGGGAGAGAGUGAAAAGUUGGUGAAGAAUCUGUUUAGCCUUGCAAGGGAGCACAAGCCCUCUAUCAUCUUCAUCGAUGAGAUUGACUCCCUGUGUGGCUCAAGAAGUGAGAACGAGAGUGAGGCUGCUCGCCGUAUUAAGACAGAGUUUCUGGUUCAGAUGCAAGGUGUCGGAAAUGACAAUGAAGGAAUUCUUGUACUUGGGGCCACAAAUAUCCCGUGGACCCUCGACUCAGCCAUCAGGAGAAGAUUUGAGAAGAGGAUCUACAUCCCACUGCCUGAAGAGCAUGCCCGCUCCUUUAUGUUCAAGCUCCACCUGGGCUCCACCCCCAGCAGUCUCUCUGAUUCUGACUAUGUCACUCUGGGAAAGAAGACGGACGGUUACUCAGGAGCUGAUAUCAGCGUCAUUGUAAGAGAUGCUUUGAUGCAGCCUGUGCGAAAGGUCCAAUCAGCAACCCACUUCAAACGGGUACGGGGUCCAUCCCCAACCGACCCUGACAUUGUCAAAGACGACCUCUUGACUCCCUGCUCACCAGGCGAUCCCAACGCCAUUGAAAUGACAUGGAUGGAGGUCCCUGGGGAGAAGUUACUGGAACCUAUAGUAUGCAUGCCUGACAUGAUGAGGUCUCUGGCCAACACAAAGCCUACAGUCAAUGAGCAUGAUCUGGACAAACUGAAAAAAUUCACAGAGGACUUUGGACAGGAGGGUUAGGGGGGAUGAUUGGUCCAAACCAAAGCAAAGGAAUUUUGAUUGUCUCUCUUUUAUGUUUAUCUCUCUGUCAAAUAGUAAUCAAUCCCUGGGACUGGUGGUUCACUAAACAAUAAGUAAGAUUACUGCUCUGUUUUUGCCAACCUGACAGCCACACAAGGUGGAGAACUUAGUUUUAUCUGAUAUUCACCAUUGUCCAAAGACUUUUAAGACUUUCCAUUUGCAGCUGACCUUAUGGAAUAUCACUAUGAUAUAGGGAAUUUUGACGUAUGCACCAAAGGUAUUGAUGUGCCGAAUACCCAAGGGACUUUUGGAAACAUGUGGCAGUAAAUCAUGACACAACAUGAGAAUGAGGCUAUUGAAAUCAAGAUCAUUUAUUUUUAGUUAGGACUAGCUCUUGUGUCCCAGUCAGAAUAAAGCUCACUAGAACAAUACAUACCCCUUAUAUAUUUUAUAUAAAAACAAGCAUUUUGGAAUGUCUCUUUGUGGACUGAUGAAAUAUUGGGCUGGGCGAGUGACUUCAUAGGAUUAGUUGAGAUGUAAUUUGUUUUUGUUGUUCCAAAAAUAUUAAGAGUUUCAAGACACAUACUCAGGAUGAGAGCUGCAUUAGGCCCUAUGGAAAUGUUGGUUGUUUAUCAAGUUUCCUUCUAAAUGACCGUGGUAUUUGUUUCCUCAUUAGAAUUUAAAACGUCUGUAAGGAUUGAUCACCAAGACCAGCAUCAUUUUACAAAGACUCAAUAGCUUUGAAUUCCUUCCUCACUCAGCUCAUGGUUUCCCUUUGCAUCUGCUAUAGAUUUGUGUUUCGUAACUAUCCAUAGGCUUUGCUAAUUGUGCUUAAGAGAAAUUGGGGGGGAAAAAACAAAGCCUCACAUUGAGAUACAGUCACAUUGCAAAUUUAGUCCAAACCAAGGUGUUGAAGUGGGAACACUGAUGGCUCGUGUGAAGAGAUCAUCAUCUUGUAUUCUUAACAACGUAGGAAUGCAUCUCUAAGCAUGAGCUAUACGAAGCCAUGAGUGGCAGUGUGCAUUAUGUGCCUUCAAGAAAGCCUUCUAAGUUUGCAAGAUUAUUUUGUAUGUGUUUAUUUCUAAAUUGAUCAUACUGCUUAUGUAUCCAGUGCUAUGUCACUACACCUAAGACAUGUAUAAUACUUGCACAUUUCCUGUAUACUCUUUUAGAGACUGUAUACAACUGUACUCUUCUACUCCUAAUGUGUGAAAACUGUCAUUACUGAGUUUUGAUGGGGAACAUCUUUUACUUAACUGUAAAUGUCUAUACAUAUAUCCAACUUUUGAACCUUUUCCUUGUGGAGAGGUCGCCCAGUCAUACGAUUUUCAGUUUUUCGUUUCUAUGAUGUAAAUAAAAGUUUAAAGCUACAU